UUGAACCCAAGCAUGGAGCCAUACGCCGGUAGGGCUCUGAAUUGAACACGUUGUCACAUUGGGCCUAGAUAUCUCGGCCCAAGCCCUACGCAGAUCAACUCGGAACAGCUAUCUGGAAAAGCUUGGUUGUGAGAGUAGAGAGGAGAGAUGAAGGUGGGCUGUCGAGUGGUUGCCGGCGGUCCACGAGCCGCCGCCUUGCCCACCCUACUCCUCGCCCCCAGAAGAGCUACAUUUCGAUGCUAUUCCUCUUCGACUUCUGACCACGUUUCAUUCAUCAAAGAGGUGGCUGCAACUCAGUCGCCCGAGCAUUUGCCUCAUCUUCUGAAAAUGCUUCAGGUUAGGGGUGAGCACAUAAUUUCACCUGGAAGCAAGCGAGGAUUGAUCCCCCUGGUUGUUCCUCUCUCAAAAGGCAACUCAGGUUAUGUAACUGCACUGCUGCGAUGGCCAACUGCUCCACCUGGGAUGGAUAUGCCAGUGGUGGAGGUUCGUAAACAUGGGGUAUGGCUUUUAGCUAAGAAUGUAGACCAAUAUAUUCAUAGAAUUCUAGUCGAAGAAGAUGCCAAAAAAUCUCAAGAAAGUGACAAGGAACUAUUUCAUGCUGCAGCUGGUGCUGGGGAGAAAAUUUACAAUAGGGGUGAUUUUGCUGCAUCUCAGAUUUCUGAUUUAGAUGUGUAUCUUCUAAGAAAGGUUGGCUUGUUUCCAGAUAUCUUAGAGCGCAGGGUGAUGCACCAUUUAGAAAAGGGGGAUCAUAUUUCAGCCAUGGUGACUGGGGAGUUUUACACAAAGAAGGAGCAUUUUCCAGGAUUUGGACGGCCUUUUGUUUUUAAUGCAGAGAUUUUGUUGAAGGUUGGUCGUAAGCUGGAAGCUAAAGAUGCAGCAAGGGGGGCUCUGAAAUCACCAUGGUGGACUUUAGGUUGCAAAUACCAGGAAGUUGCUGAAGUUGCUGAAUGGGAGGACGAACAAAUCGAGUAUAUCAAAGAGAAGGUGACGGAAGAGGGAAAGGAAGAAGAUCUGAAGAAAGGAAAGGAACCUGCUCAGAUAGCAUUGGAUGAAGCUGCCUUUUUGUUGGAUUUGGCUUCUGUUGAAGGGACAUGGGAUGACUUGUUGGAAAGAACUGCAGAAUGUUACAAGAGUGCUGGACUUUAUGACAUUGCGAAAUUUGUAUUAUACAGAGAUUGAGUAUUGAACUUGACUUCGGCAAGGUUUAAAAUAUUUUUACA